AUGCUUUCGGAGACAGACCUCGCGCUCACCAUUCCAUGGAAAUCCCCCCUCACCCAAGCUCCACGCUAUGCUGUAUUCGAACAUUUUUUGAUCGAUGGACGAUGGUACUUGACGGUGAUCAAUGAGCGGAAUCGAGUGGAACCAAUCAGUCUGUUGGCAUAUUCAAUCGCUGCUCCGACGUCAUCGUCAGCCGACGCUGUUUGUCCGGUAGUCUGCAGUGGCAACGGAGUGUUCUCUGGUGGUGCAUGUGUUUGUCGAACUGGAUUCAAGGGGAAGGAAUGCGAUGUUCAUGCUCACUGGUGCGAAAUCCCUGACUGUAGUGGCCAUGGACGAUGUGGUGACGAAGGCGUAUGUCAUUGCGAGAAGGGAUGGACUGGAGAAGGCUGUGAAUUGCGCGCGUGCUCCAAUCCAACCUGUUCUGAUCAUGGCGUUUGCGUGAAUGGCCAGUGCUACUGUGCAGAUGGAUGGCGAGGAGUGGAAUGUGCUGAGCCAAUCAUGGAUCCGACAGUUGCUACCGUACCAGCUACAGUAGUAGCUGCCUUAGUGCCAAUGGUAGAAGUACUGCCAUCUGCGAGUGAAAAACCCAGACAAAUCAGUCGAGAAUUGGAUAGACAGAAGUUACCAAAGCCUAGUAAGAUAUUUCUGCCGCCACCAAACUGUAACAAUCAUGGCAAAUUUGUGGCUGAUGCAUGCCGAUGUGAUCGUGGAUGGGAAGGAAGGGACUGUGAAAGAGAAGUAUGCCCACCAUGUGAGCACGGUGUGUGUAAGUUCGGUCUGUGUCAAUGCGAAACGGGAUGGUCUGGAAGCCUGUGUGAUCAAGCUGAUUGUGCCAUAGGUUGUCAAGAGCACGGUAAAUGCCUGAAAAAUGGAACAUGCUCGUGUGAUAAAGGCUGGAAUGGGGAGAAUUGUCAUAUGGAAGGAUGCCCUCUGUCAUGUUCCGGUCAUGGUGAGUGUCGCUGGAGUUCGCUACCAGAAGAAAAUGGCGAAGGAUGGCGAUGUGAUUGCCAACCAUCAUUUACCGGCGACGACUGUGCUGUACCGGUGGAGGCAGAUUGCCAGGAUGGGCUCGAUAAUGACAAUGAUGGCCUAAUCGAUUGUGAUGAUCCGGAGUGCUGCUCGUCAUCAGAAUGUUCACGAGAACCCGUGUGUGCUACUGUGCCCACUCCUGUUGAUGUACUGCUGCGGUUACCGACCGUUCAGAAUGCCAACUUCUUUCAGCGCGUCUCGUUCAUCAUUCGGAACGAUUCUGUCCAGAGUUACUCGGAUCACUCGCAGUUCAAUGAGAGCAUGAUAUCGGUGAUCCGUGGUCGCGUUGUAUGGAAUGGAGGGGCGGUCAGUGAUAGCAAAAGUACAGUAGCACUUCCUGGAGUGAGGGUGUCAGAUGCUGCAAAUCCACUCUACGGCUUCACUUUGACCAGAUCCGACGGUGAAUUCGACCUUCUUGUCAACGGUGGUCGUACAGUAAACCUGCAGUUCUUGAGGAGUCCUUUUCAACGCAUUAAGCGAAGCGUCUAUGUGCCUCCGAAUGAAAUUGUCGUUGUCGAUCCGAUCAAAAUGGCACGAGAAGAACAACGUGAACUCAGUGCUCGCCCAGAAUGUUCCAUAGCGAAUCGUGUACUACCAACACCUGUACUUCGGCCAGAAUGGACCGUUUCUACUGAUGGUAUACCCUCGUUGACAAGUGCUGCAACGAUGCUUGUUGAUACAAGGAGUAUAGUUCAGAGUCUGCCACUCCCUGGCUCGUCUGUACGCUUGGUUUACGACUCUUCAAGGGCGACGGCAUCGCAGUCCACGCUGGUCUUAGGCCUUCUGCCAAACAAGCCUGAUCCUGACGUUCGGCUCGUGCAUGUCAUAGUGAAGAUCGCAGGAAGAACAUUCACGAAGAGCCUUGCACCACGAGAAAACCUGACAUAUGUGUGGUCCUGGGAUAAGCUGAACGUCUACCGUCAAAGUGACCAUGGAAUGAUACCAGCUGAUGUAAGAAUCGGCUAUGAGUACCGAGGGUGCCGUCGACCGUCUGAGGUGGCAUGGAUCAGCCGUCGAGUGUUUAUGGAAGGCGCACGUGCUCGUCGCCUUGAAGGCGGAGCAUGGAGUGUGGAUAUCCAUCACCAUUUGGAUGCUGUCAAUGGCGUACUCGAAAUGGGCAACGGAGGGCGACGAUUCAUAGCGAAUUCAGCGCACAUGAUGGAGUUAUUGGUCGGUACGGCUAAACGUCGCCAGCUUGAGUGCCAAAGUUGCAAUGGUCCCGUUGCGGAGGCGAGCCUGUUUCGUCCAACGACGCUUGCUCAUGGCCUCGAUGGAAGUGUCUUCAUUGGUGAUCACAAUCUAGUGAGACGUAUUGGCCCAGAAGGACAAAUCACCACGGUGCUAUCGCUGAGCCUUCCCGACACAUCCUAUCCCUACUAUCUGGCCGUCAGUCCAGUAGAUGGAUUCCUAGUGGUAUCACUGCCGCUUCACAAGCAGAUUUGGAGAAUCGUCAGCCAUUCACCAUUGGAUCCAACAGCGAACCAUGAGGUACUGGCUGGAGACGGAACAGCAUGUCCGGCAGCAGCCGAUUCAUGUGGUGACGGUGGACCAGCCACAGAUGCCCAGUUAUUCUUCCCAAAAGGUCUUGCGUAUGAUGCUCAUGGAAAUUUAUACGGUAAGUUGCUAUCAGGAACUAUUUCAUGCGCGAUUUAA